AUGCUUCUGUCGCUCGAGGUGCUGCUUACGCUCGCGCUGUGCGCAUCAGCCGCCUCGCAGAUGCCUCUCGGUCGCCCUCCUCUCCCCCACCUCGGCGACGAGGAGGUGAGCCCGUUUCUCGUCGGCUCACGGCGCCAGCGAGGCGCAAACGGCGAGGAAGGCGACGCGAGCAAGACGAGGACCUUCACGCCCACCAACUACACCGUCGUGCAAGACUUCUUUGUCCAGUCGCUCCCUGGCUUCAACUCGUCCGGCUUCGACCCCCUCACCUCGUCGUUCGGCCUCAUCGACCGCUCGCCCUCACGAUGGACCUCCUUCCGGCACGCCGUCGACGAGCUCAACCGCGACGCCGAUGAGCACACGGCGUACAAGGUGUUCUACGUCGCGCGGCACGGCGAGGGCGUGCACAAUGUCGCCGAGAGGGUGCACGGCUCGAGCGAGUGGAACCGCUACUGGUCGAUGCUGAACGGCGACGGCAACUUGACGUGGGGACCCGAUCCGCUCUUGACGCACGUCGGCGUCUCGCAAGCCGAGCGCAACACGGCGGCAUGGGCCAAGGAGGCUCGAGCCGGCGUGCCCUUGCCGCAGAGCCUGUACUCGAGCCCGCUCAGCAGGGCGAUGUCGACGCUCGAGAUCACGUGGCGCGACUUGCUGUUCUCGAAGAUCGCGCCGGUCGUCAAGGAGAGCUUGCGCGAGGUCACCGGCGUCCAUACCUGCGACAAGCGGCAGACCAAGAGCUACAUCCACAAGCACUACCCGUCGUUCAUCUUUGAGGUUCCCUUCUCUGAGCACGACCAGCGAUGGAGCCCAGAUUGGCGCGAGUCGGACCGCCAGGCGACCUUUCGCCUGCAGCAAGCCCUCAACGACCUCUUCGCGACCGACACGUCGACCUACAUCUCGAUCACGGCGCACGGCGGCGCCAUCGGCGCCUUUCUGAGGGCGUGCGGGCACCCGAACGCGGCGACGCUCGGCGUGCCCACCGGCAGCAUGUUGCCCGUCGUCAUCAAGGCGGUCGAUCACAGGAGCGCACAGAACGAGCUUCUCGCCGGCGGGCAGAGCAUCGCUGCGCCGCCGAGACCGACUCGAGUGCCGAGAGGGCCUGAGCGCAGGAGCGUCGAGCUGUGAUAGAGCCGGUUCUGCAGACGUAGACUAGAAUGUAUUGCAGCACGUUCCGACAUGACGAGUAUGGACAGAGAGGGAGACUAAGGGACGAGAGAGAAGGACAGGAGAAAGAGAACGAGAGUGAGAGAGAAAGGGAGCAGGGCCGACGCUCGAUCCCCUCGCCGCCUCGCGCCGCCGCCCUCGAGGCUCGACACGCUCCUCGAGAGCCACGAACGGACCCGACCGAG